UAUACUAGUUGAUCUAGAAGGCAAGCACAAAUGGACAAUAUACUAUCAAAACAUGGUAUAGGCUUCUCAGGACCACAAACAUGAAGAAAAAAGACGCAGGGCCUUCAAACUCAAGGAUCCACCUAUGUAAAAAAAUUGGGGCAGUUGAUGUGCUACCAAGCGGCAAAUAGUUUAUUUAGAGAGCUUGUAAGUGUGUUUUGCCGGUUAAUGUCAAUCUGAAAUGAAGAGGAAUUGAUUUCUACCCUACCCGCCUUUGUUGUGGUGAAGACGAAGAAACUACCACCCAUGCCCUUCUCUCAUACAACAAUAUCAAGAGAAUCUGGUUUGCCUCGCAACUUAACAUCCAAGUCCCAGCAAACCUCCAAGACAACUUCCAUUUUUUUAUAGGCAAAUGUUAAUUGUUAGUAAUGUUAGUAAAUUAGUCUUCCUCAAGGUUCGAACCCUGACCCUUCACCUGCAAUUACCCUUAGCUCAACCAUGUCCAUAACUGGCUAGAACAAAUUCUCGAACACCGUGACAGUCCGGUUCAACCGUUCAAUACCAACCAAGUGUAUGACCGGUUCAGUUUCAAAAUACUUGCUAGUUGCUACAUGAUCAUGGAUGUCUGAACUCUGAACCACAGUGGUGGUGAAGUAAACCAAACCGAUGGAGUUUCUCAAACUCCGACGACACUGUCCUCGCUCCGCCGCGUUCCUCCCUCCGCGCCUCGCUCUCCGCCAUUUCACCUCCUCCACCGACGAAACCGACGCCGAGCUGGUCUCAAAGAUCCUCCUCCAACACCACAACCCUUUCCACGCCAUGGAAUCCUCCCUCCAACUCCACGGCAUCACCCUCACCCCAAACCUCCUCACCCAAACCCUCCUCCGCCUCAAACACCACUCCAAAAUCGCACUCUCCCUCUUCAACUACGCCAAAUCCCUCCCUAACCCCCCUCUCUCCCACUCCUCCUUCCACCUCCUCAUCGACACCAUGGCCAAGGUUCGCCAAUUCGACCUCGCGUGGCAACUCAUCACCGAAAUGGACCAGCGCAGCCUCACCCCGAACCCCUCCACCUUCCUCGUCUUAAUCCGCCGCCUCGUCUCCGCCGGACUCACUCGCCAGGCCGUCAGAGCCUUCAACGACAUCGACGCCUUCUCCGACACCAAAACGACAUCCGAGCAUUUCACCGUUUUGCUCGACACGCUCUGUAAAUACGGCUACGUGAAGCUCGCCGCCGAGGUCUUCAACGGGAACAAGAGGCAUUGCAGGUUCAACCCCGACGUGAAAAUGUACACGGUUUUGAUAUACGGGUGGUGCAAGCUUGGUAGAGUUGAAACUGCUCAAUCGUUCUUGAAUGAGAUGGUGGAGCGAGGGAUUGAGCCGAAUGUUGUUACAUAUAAUGUUUUGUUGAAUGGGGUUUGCAGAAAGGUGAGUCUUCACCCGGAGGAGAGGUUUGAGAGGACUAUACGGGAUGCGGAUAAGGUGUUUGAUGAAAUGCGUGAGAGGGGGAUUGAGCCUGAUGUUACUAGUUUUUCCAUUGUUCUUCAUGUUUAUAGCAGGGCGCAUAAGCCGCAGUUGUCGCUUGAUAAAUUUAGGAUGAUGAAGGAGCAAGGGAUAUGCCCCACGGUGGCGUCGUACACUUCGGUUAUCAAGUGUCUUGCCUCGUGUGGGAGGCUUGAGGAUGCUGAGGGUUUGUUCGAUGAGAUGGUGCGGAGUGGAGUGAGCCCGUGUGCUGCGACAUACAACUGCUUCUUUAAGGAGUAUAGAGGGAGAAAAGACGCGGACAGUGCUUUGAAAUUGUUUAAGAAGAUGAAGGAGGAUGGUUUGUGCUCGCCGACCGCGCAUACUUAUGGUGUUUUGCUUCAGAUGUUUUUGAAAGCAGAUAUGAUUGGGGUUGUGAAGGAAAUAUGGAGGGAUAUGAAGGAGAGCGGGGUUGGACCGGAUUUGGAUUUGUACACGUUGUUGAUACAUGGAUUGUGUGAGAGGAAAAAGUGGAGGGAGGCUUGCCAAUUUUUUGUUGAGAUGAUAGAGAAAGGGUUUCUUCCUCAGAAAGUUACCUUUGAGACCCUUUACAGGGGCCUAAUUCAGUCUGAUAUGUUGAGAACUUGGAGGAGAUUGAAGAAGAAGCUUGAUGAAGAAUCCAUAUCAUUUGGCUCAGAGUUUCAAAAUUAUCAAUUGAAGCCAUAUAGGAGAUGAGUCAUUGCAUAUAAGCUAGCAGCUUAAUUUAGGGUGUACUUCAGCACUUCCAAAAGAGGAAGUGUGAUGGUCCUCCAAUUGAGGUCUGCCAAAAAGGAAGAAGAUAAGGGUAAAUUGGAAAACAAUGGGACUGGAAUUAGGAAAGAACACGUGAAUAUGAUGGAAAUGGAGGGUGGUGGGAAGACAAGGGUUCAUGAGUCGAUAUUACUGUAACAAUGAUAUGAGAAUUAAGAAAACAAAGCCCAUAUUUCAAUGAAAACUGGCUAAAGAUAUAGAUGUGGAAAAUGAAAGGAAAGUAUCAGAGGAGAGGACACAGAAAAGAAAAUGGAGAUGAAAGGAUUAAAGAGAAAGAAUCAGAGAAAGACAAACUAGAAGAAACAAAGACUUGGGGACUGUUUGAUCGCUGCUUUUGAAAACUGUUUUAUAUUUUCUUUUAAAAAAAACUUGUUUGAUGCAGCUAUUUUAUCAUAAUAGGUUUCAGAAACAGAUUCUUGUUUUUAGGUUCUCAGAACAUGAAAGCUGUUGUUGUUUUCAUUUUUCUUUUUAUUCCUUUUCUGAAAGAUUCUUGUUAAUGGUAAUUUUUGUAAAUAGUUAUUAAACUUAAAUGAAAUGGAAUAGGUUUCAGAACAAAUCAAAUGAUUGGCUGCAGGCCUGCACCUGCUAGAGAGUCUUCUUUGCAACCUUCUGAGGUAAAAGAUCGGCAAUAGAAGAUCGCCCUGCACGUCCAAACCUGUGAACUCAGGUUUUUUUUUCAGCUUGGUUUGUGUUGCAGUAUUAUGCUUUUGCACUACAUGUCCUUGCUGCACGUCACAAGGGAGCCUCUACAUAAAUCUUGACUCGCAUCCACUACUGUGAAGAAGGGAUCUGUUGAGGCACUGCAUCUCAGUUUGAAGAUGUUAGAACAUGAAUAGGGAAGAGGAACAGAGCACUGAAAACAGAAAAAGGAUGGAAAACCAGAGGCAGAAUCAGGGUAAAGCUGGGUUCCUUUACUACAUAUAUUUUCUCUAACCAUUGAUUUAUUGAUUGUAUCAAAAUCAUUGAGAAGUUGUGCAGUUCCUUAUCAACCCGUGCUGUAUAAAUAUAAUUAAUUGAUGAAAGCUAAACCAUUAAGGAUUGUGCAUGAGCUUUUUAAUAAAAGCCCCUGGAUGUGUAUAGUAUUUAAUCCAUCCAUUUACAUACUGAUUGAAGUGUUUUGAGUCUGGUAUGUGCCCGCAGCUUGAUUGAAAUUAUUUGCUGAUGACUUAGCUGAGAUACCGAUGUAAUGGUUAGUAAUAGUUACUAAAUGAUGUUGUUCUCUUU